UGCUCGCUUCUCUUUCUUUACAUUCACCCCCUCACUUUAUUUUGCUCCGUUUUCUUUUCCUCUUGCUCACAUUGUUCACUUUUCUUCUGGAAAAUGGCUGUUGAUAGAUCGUUUAAAAAAAAAAAGGAAAAAGAAAAAAAAAUGGUUGUAAUUUUCAACAGUUGUACAUUAAUACAGAAAUAGUUACUGAGAGUUUUUAAAACCAGACCCUGUCUCUCGUGUGUUUAUUACACACACACACACACACACACACACACACACGAUCGAAACCUUUGAAUCAAAGUGAAGGUAGUAUGUUCCAAAAAGUAAGUAGGGUGUUUGUCAUAAGUGGUAGUUUUUACCUACCUAUAUAACUAUAUGAAAUUUGAUGAGGUAACUUGUAUUUCUUAGCCACUUAACCGGCCAUUUGACGCAAGAAGAGUUUCAACCCCUAAACUUUAGGUGCAUCUUUCAACAGUAAUACCACCUGGAAACUGAUUUUAGCAGAAAAUACCAAUAACAUUUGAAGAUAAAAAGGCAGCUGAGAUAAAUAAGUACAACCUUGUUUUUGCAGUCUGUGGCAGAGCCAUGUUUUCUAACAUAAUUACUCAAUGUGCCACUCAAUGAUUCUAUUGGGACUUUAGGUGUGGAUUUGUCAUCUGUCAUGUGGGAUAGGGGAAAUGCCAUUCUGCACGUUCAAAAUAUUUCAUGUUUUUCUCGACAGUCCCUGCGUUGUUGCUGAAGAAAGCCAGGCCACCUCUGACAUGAGAGUGGCUCCUAUUUACUUCCAGGGCCCAGGGUGUCCGCUGUUGGCCUAAUAUAGGCAAGCGUAAUUGUUUGCCAAGAUGGUGUAACGACUCGGCUUCUCAAGUGUGACCCAGUUUCAACUUCAAUACAGUAACAUGGAGUGUGGGGAGGAUAGCACCCUCAAGUGUUUAUUCCAAAGCGGGACAGGCAGGCAGGCACAUCCCAUUAUAAAACCACUGUAUGGGCUGCAGGAUGUUUGGUUAAAUGGAAAAUGGGUUCAGAUAAAGUGGAACAAUAUUUGUAUUUGUGACUUGUAAAAUCAUCCAACUUCUCUCCAAAUGACAGCUCAGAAUGAUACUCUUGUUUGCUUUUAAGAGCGGUGGAGAGUAUCUAAGUACAUAUACUUAAGUGCUGUACUUAAUUAAAAAUUUUCAGACCUGUACAAAGUAUAUUUUGAUGCCAAUACUGUUGUGAUUAAGGGAGAUUUUGAAUGCGGGACUUGAGUAACAGAUCAGAGUACUAAAUUUUAAAGCCCAAUAUUAGCAUUGAUCUUGAGUUCUAUAUGUUCCACUGAGCUGACUUUUUUUUCAGUUAUGACACUAAAAUAGUAACUCGCAUUCUCAAUAAGCUAUAUAAUAGCAAAAGCUAUCCUCUCUGAGAAGAAAAAAAAAUAAGGGGGCCUGGCAACCGGAAGUGGCGUCAGUGUCGGAAACCGACGCCAAGGAAAUAAUGCACGUGUCUGAGGGAGCUGCAGAAAGAACAUGAGCGCCCAGCUCUGGCUGGUAGAGAGACCCGAGUGAAGACACACGCGCGUUCACACCGACAUCUAAUGUUCAUUGUACAGCCGCUAACAGACAACCAGAAACUCAGGACUCUUCCGGCUGCUCACAGGCGCGCGGACCAGGACCCCGGUUGGACCGUUAAUAAGUGACCGAGAAGAAGAGCAACACACACGGGGAGAAGGAAGAAAGUUCUCGGUCUCUGUUCCCGGCCUGUGUUUGUUGUCUGUUUGUGUGUCUUCUCGUCGCCUUAGCCGGUUUUUUAAAAGUUAUUGUUAUUAGUUGUAACACUGAAGGACUGCUGAGGGUUUAUUGGGACAUCAUGGCGGACUACCUGAUCAGCGGUCAAACCGGUUACGUCCCCGAUGAUGGGCUGUCGGGACUGCAGCUGUUCAACGGAGGAGACGGGCUCACAUACAAUGACUUUCUGAUUCUGCCAGGCUACAUUGACUUCUCAUCAGAACAAGUGGACUUGACCUCAGCGCUCACCAAACAGAUCACCAUGAAAACGCCCUUCGUCUCCUCCCCCAUGGACACCGUCACAGAGGCCAACUUGGCCAUCGCUAUGGCGCUAACGGGUGGCAUCGGCUUCAUCCACCACAACUGCACGCCAGAGUUCCAGGCCAAUGAAGUUCGCAAAGUCAAGCGUUAUGAGCAGGGCUUCAUCACAGACCCGGUGGUGAUGAGCCCCAACGAGAGUGUUCGGGACGUCUUCCAGGCCAAGGCUCGCCACGGCUUCUGUGGAAUCCCGAUCACAGACAACGGAAAGAUGGGCAGCAAGCUGGUGGGCAUCAUCUCUUCUAGAGACAUCGACUUCCUGAAGGAGGAGGAGCACAACCUGCCGCUGAGCGAGGUGAUGACGACACUCGAGGAUCUAGUGGUUGCUCCUGCUGGAGUGACACUGAAAGAAGCCAACGAAAUCCUCCAGAGGAGUAAGAAAGGUAAGCUGCCCAUAGUGAAUGAGGAGGGCUCCCUAGUGUCCAUCAUUGCCCGCACAGACUUGAAGAAGAACAGAGACUUCCCUCUGGCCGCCAAAGACUCGCGCAAACAGCUGCUGUGUGGCGCCGCCAUCGGCACCCACAACGACGACAAGUAUCGCCUGGACCUGCUUGUGCAGAGCGGGGUGGACGUGGUUGUUCUGGACUCAUCUCAAGGCAACUCAAUCUUCCAGAUCAACAUGAUCAAAUACAUCAAAGAAAAGUAUCCCAAUGUACAGGUCAUUGGAGGCAAUGUGGUGACUGCCGCUCAGGCUAAGAACCUGAUAGACGCAGGAGUUGACGGGCUGAGGGUGGGGAUGGGCAGCGGCUCCAUCUGCAUAACACAGGAAGCUCCCCUCAGUGUACCACCAGCAAUAUAUCUCCACAGCCCCAAAACCCCAACCACUGUUACGGGAUACUGCAUGCUGGCGUGCGGCAGACCCCAGGCCACAGCUGUCUAUAAGGUGUCGGAGUACGCCAGGCGUUUCGGUGUGCCGGUCAUCGCUGAUGGCGGCAUCCAGACGGUUGGGCACAUUGCCAAAGCUUUGGCACUGGGAGCAUCCACAGUGAUGAUGGGCUCUUUGCUGGCUGCUACCAGUGAAGCUCCUGGUGAAUAUUUCUUCUCUGACGGCAUCAGGCUAAAGAAAUACCGCGGCAUGGGCUCCCUGGAUGCCAUGGAUAAAAACCUGGGCUCCCAGACCAGAUACUUCAGUGAGUGUGAUAAGAUUAAAGUUGCUCAGGGUGUUUCUGGAGCGGUGCAGGACAAAGGCUCCAUCCACAAGUUUGUUCCCUACCUGCUGGCUGGCAUCCAGCACUCCUGUCAGGACAUCGGAGCCAAGAGCCUCACACAGCUCAGAGCCAUGAUGUACUCUGGAGAUCUAAAAUUUGAAAAGAGAACAACUUCGGCUCAAACGGAGGGUGGAGUCCACAGCCUGCACAGUUAUGAGAAACGGCUGUUUUGAGAAGACGCCAGACACAGAAUCCUUCCAACAAACACAUUAUGCAAACACUUCAUGCCAGACCCUCUUUCAUUCACAGCCACACUCACUUAACUUUUCAUACAAUUUAGUCUUUAAAGAUGAGCUCUUGCCCCCUCUCUACUCUUCCAAGGAUCCACCAAGUCUUCCUGCCAGUGUCAUCUAUGCAUUGUCUGUGUUUUAUGUAGCUGUGUGUGUAUGAAGAAUGGGGAUGAAGCAUUUAUCAAUCAGCGCACGUGUGAUUGAGUCCCUCAAUGCCUUUCAAGUUGUGAUUAAAGUAGAUGUCUGGAGUGUCCAUGUUAAGGCGGGAAAAAAAAAGUUGUCCAAUAAAACGUAUGUUUUUCCACAA